GAGAAAACAGAGUCACUCUCAUUUCCCUUCUCUCUCUUUCUAGCUCCCCACGCUGCUUCCCUUCUCCUGUCUGUCUGUGUUUUUGUUGCUCUCCGAGUUUCCCCAUUUUCUCCCUGUUUUCUAAUUUUUUAUUCUUGAAAAAUUCGAUUACGGGUUCUUCAGUGCAUGAUCUAUUGAUUACAUGCAAAUUAGAGUUCUGAUUGCCGAUUUUUAUCCGGUUUCAUUCAUCGAAAAUUCGACGACACUGGAAAUGCUCGAACCAGUUGAGAGUUCCGUUAAUGGAGGAUUUUCACAGUUGCAGAGCUGUGGAGAUAGUAGUGAAGAAGAGCUCUCUGUUCUUCCACGUCACACCAAGGUCAUUGUCACUGGUAACAAUCGUACCAAGUCGGUGCUCGUCGGACUCCAAGGAGUGGUCAAGAAAGCCGUUGGGCUAGGCGGGUGGCAUUGGCUGGUUCUUACAAAUGGCAUAGAGGUGAAGCUACAGAGGAAUGCCCUUAGUGUGAUUGAAGCUCCAACCGGUAACGAGGAGGAUGAUGACCUCGAGUGUGAAAACAUGCAGUGGAAUGGUUCAGAAUUGGCAUCUGAUGACACCCAAAAGUCCCACAGACCUAGUCAUCGUUCACAUAAAUCAGUAGGGUCAUCUCACAAGACCAUGAGUCGGUCUCUUUCUUGCGAUUCACAGUUGAAAGGAUCUGUUUCACCUGCUCGAAGUGCCACGAAGGUUGACCUAAGCAAACUAGAAAUGACUGCUCUAUGGAGAUAUUGGCGACACUUCAACCUUGUAGAUGCCAUCCCGAACCCAUCAAAAGAGCAGCUGAUUGAUGUUGUUCAAAGGCAUUUCAUGGCACAGCAACUGGAUGAGUUGCAGGUCAUUGUGGGGUUCGUGCAGGCUGCAAAGAGACUGAAGACGAUGUGCAGCUGACCUUGAGAGAGAAGCAUCACAUUUGGUUAUCGGCACUAACAGAUACCGGUACUCAUAUGGUCCUCUUCCCUCGGAUUGUAGUAAUUUUCUGUAACAUAUGUAUCCUUUUUCAGCUUGUUUCUUGUUUGCAAUUUGGGUAACUGGGUUAUCGAAGUUAAAAUAGUCCUAAUUAUAUGUAGAUAGAUAUAUAUAUCAUAAACUGUUAGGUGACUUUGAGGAAGUCCUCAUAGCUAAGUAUCAGAGUAUGUCUGCCUUAAGUGUAUCACUGACUGUUUGGGGGAAGUGAGUUUUUCUAAUGUAUAUUCUUAGUUGUCGCACAUAUCCAUCCCUUUUUUCCUCGCCCAUUGCUCACUGACAAUACCUUUUUCAGUGACUGACCGAAAGAAAUCAAUUAAUUGAAUUGCAGCGAUUA